AUGAUUGAACACACUGAUUCUGAUUUCGUUAUGGUUAGAAAUCAAAAAAACAAAAGUAUAACAAUUUUAUUAUUGUUUCAGGAAUCGCAGUCAGGCAGCGCAGAAAGAUGGAAUGGAUGUGGCCCAGAACACAACCUGGCACUCCAGCAGAUCCUCAAACUCCAAGAAGCCAGAGCGCUACACAAAACCUCUCUUCUUCCAAUAUACAAGAAAAAUGGUCUUACGUCACCUCCAGAAGCCAUACAGGAAUUUGAACGGAUUAAAGAAAAAAAUAUGGAUAAUCAUGACGAACUUCGAGCCUUCGAACAUUUAAAACUCGAAGCCGAAUUCAGACGACUUAUGGAGCGAUCGGCGAAAGAUAUACGGAAUAACGAAUCGCUGAAGUACUUUCAACAUGUGAUGGAAGCAAAGCAAAACUAUGAUUAUUUAAAGAGCGUGCAAGAAAAUGAAGCUAGAUCAAAUUCUGCUGAGAAAGACCUGGAAAUUAAGAAAGAAAAGAUUACUCCUAACUGCAAUCGGUACUCACCCGACCAAACUCAUUCGCCUCAAAGAACUUCAUCCGCAGAAGGCUCUCCUAAUCGCAGCGUCCACUUAUCUACCUCAUCAAGUCCUCUCUCUACCACUAGUCCUGUUAAUUCUUCUCCAUUAAAUCAUCUACAGAAUAUGCAACCAUUUGAUUUUAGAAAGCAUAAGGCUAGUGAAUACAAGGAAGAAAACAGAAAAAACAACUACGAUAUUAUGGCUUCAACAGAGAAAGCUGCUAUGGACGUAAUGAGAAGUCAGUUUUUCAACUUUCAACUACCGAAUAAUUUGCCUAUGCCACCAAUCUCGAUACCUUCAACGUUUUCUCAUCCUGCCGCUAUGGUGGCUGCUCUUAGCCAAAAUCCCAUGGGAUUAGCGUCACUGCAAGCACUUUUACCACAAAUAUCCGGUAGACAAACAGAAAACAGAGAAAGCCGGCUUAAUAAUUCAACCAGUAAAAUAAGACCCGACAAUUUAAGAACGGAUGAAGAAAAUGUUCUUAACUUAAGUAAAGACGCUUAUGUUGAAGCAGCUCAGAAAACGCGAGAUAUGAUGUUAGGAAAAUGUAUAAGUCCACCAAAAAGACAAUGGGGUGCAUCUCAAAUGCCUUUAAAUCUAGGAACUCAAUUUAUCAACCCUACCACUGGUAAGAAGCGAGUACAAUGCAAUGUGUGCCUUAAAACUUUUUGUGAUAAAGGUGCUCUAAAAAUACACUUUUCGGCAGUUCAUUUACGUGAAAUGCAUAAAUGUACAGUUGAAGGGUGCAGUAUGAUGUUUAGUUCAAGAAGGUCAAGGAAUAGGCACAGUGCCAAUCCAAAUCCAAAAUUACAUUCUCCUCAUUUAAGAAGAAAAAUCUCGCCACAUGACGGUAGAAGUGCGCAAGCUCAUCCUGUUUUAAUUCCUCCACCUGGCGCAAGUCUGAGUAUGCCACCGGGAAUUAGCCCUAUGCAUCCAUUUGGAUCAUACCCACUGCUGAAUCCGUCGCAGAAUAUGAGACAGUAUUCUUCAAACAUACCGCUUGACUAUAAAAAUAAUCUUAACUUCUCACCUUCAAUGGAUAUUCAUCAACAUAUGAGGCGUGAAUCCAGUUCAGUUGAAAACAGAGAUCAUGAUGGUAAUGGAGAAUCUGACGAAGAUGACGGUAUUGUGGUAGUUGCAGGCGACGACGAUGAUGAUGAAAAUGAUCAUGUAGAUACAAGUGACUAUUAUUCAAAUCUUAAUAAAUCCAUAGGAUCUAUAGAGGAUUCUGAAGCAGAAUAUGACCAAAGGAGUAUUAGUGACAAUAAUGAAAACUCAGACAACAUAAAAGAUAGUGUAAGUCCAGAAGUCAUGAAGAGGAAAAGAAAGAAUUUUAACCCAACUAGACUUAAAAAUGACUAUAUGAACGAAAACAGCGAACAGGAAAGUAAAAAUGAUGAGCAAUGUAAUGAUGAAUACAGAGUGUUAAAUCUAAAGAGAGUAAAAUCCGAAGAUAAUGACACUGGAACUACUAAUUAUUCAGUUCCAUAUGAGAAAGUAGAAACCCUUAAAAUAAAACAAGAACCUCCUACAACAACUCCAGUUGAAACUGCGGAGAUUAAUUUUAGUGCUCAAGACUUACGAAUUAAGGAAGAACCUGUUGAUAAAACAGAGCCAUCUAAAACUCAUGAGCCAUAUCACCAUAAUAACGAUCAGUAUUCAUCUGAAAACUCCUUGAAAAGACUGGAAAGGUUAUCGAAAGGCGAUUUUCCUAACAUUGCAAAGAAAAUUGAUACACAUAGUCCUUUAGGGCCUUUUAAUCUUAGUGUAAACGAUAAUGUAGACUUCUCUGAUAGGUCACCAUCAUCAUCAGUAUCAAGUUAUGAUUAUGGAUCCGACGAUAUUCAAGGUCAAAUAUAUGGACAUUUCGAUAACGGCUUCUUCGUAACAACCACUGAUGUUCCAAUAGACGUAGAUAACCCGCUUAAAUGUAGAGUUUGUGAUAAAAUGUUCCAAAAUGUGUAUAUACUAAAGACGCAUUAUCAAAACGCUCAUUUAAAAGUCAUGUAUAAAUGUAACAGCGAAGGAUGUAGAGCAGCUUUUAACACAAGACGCAGUAGAGAUCGACAUAGUUCGAAUUUAAAUCUCCACAGAAGAGUCCUAGCUGAAGAUCUGAGGAUAUUCGAUGAAUCACGGCUUUUAGACAAAAUUAAAGAGCAAAUUGAACUUUUGGUCAAAUUCAAUGACGAAGAACGCGCCUGUCCUUACAUUGAUUCCCAAAAGUACUACCGCGCUAGAGAAUCAGAAAAACCAAAAAGUCAUUUAGGACCAAUGCCUUUCAGUGCACCGUAUCCACCACUCCCAUUACCAGAGACGUACUUAAAUGGUCGCGACAUGUUCAAUCAACAUCCUUUCUUAUUUACUCCAUUUGGAAUGCUCCCAAAUUUCCCUCCCUUGCCAUUUAGUUUCCUGCCUCCUAGUCUGAACGCAUUUGGUUGCCAAAACACAAGUUAUUCACCCCCAUUGGCACAGAAACUCAACUACUGCAUCGAAGAUGAGGCACCGCGGCCGAAUAAAGAUGGUUACUAUCCGUGCCGCGGCUGUAGGGAAUGCUACAAAGACUUGCCAAGCUUGAAGUUACAUUGUGAAAGUGUUCAUGUACAGCUAUUACAUCGGUGUUCAGUGAGUGGUUGCAAUUCUGCGUUCUUCUCAAGGACUAAGAGAAACAUUCAUAUUGAGGCGCAUGCCAAUCGCCGGCAUAACGGUAGGGUCCAACCCAGUUCCUCGUGA